CAUUCAAUCGACUCGAAUCGAGUUUCUGAGGGAUCGGGGACCAAUGACGAAUUCCGAGCUGACUAAUUUGCCCGAGACAAGUCAGGACUAAGGAACCUGCGUCUUCAAUAAUCGAGCGAGCUGAACGAGAGCUUGUGCUAGCAUCGCAGACUCUCAACGGCCGUACCCUCCUCCACUCCGACGGGCUCCUGGUCCCUUCAAGGGGCUCGAGGGAGGGUGUGGGAUUUACAGUGCUCAAACUCGUGUUGCGUGAUCGAAGGUGCUGAGAUGGGACUUGGAAUCGAAUGAAGCUUUCGUGCCGGAACUCCACGGAAACCGCUGAGAAAGAUGCUACUGCCCGGGAAAGGAAGUCGCGUGCUCCGACGGCAUGUCCGUCAAGCCAUGAGAAGAGCACGUCAAACCUCGGAGAGGAACGCACGAUCUGUUUAUUUCCUCGGUUUCUUCUUGGUACUCGUGGUUUUCAUGUUGCUGGCUGAAGUCGUCUACGUCGAUCCCUAUACGGCUGUCACCUCGUACGGAGGACAAUCGAAAGAUUCCUCGUGGCUGUACAACAUCGUGCCUAGCCUGGGGAACAACUUUGAAAGAAUUGAAGAAGUCCACCUCGAAAUGGAUGACACCGAAAGCCAGAAGCUCGACAGGUUGUACCAAGCCGCGAAAAUCGAUCAUUGGCAGAAGAUUGCAAACACCGCGGAUAAGUUCUUUGUGUUCAGUGCUUUUAUGGAUCGUCGGAGGAAUGUGAUCAAAUACGUGAGAGUUAUUGCCGUUGCCAGGACGAGACUCGCAGACCGCGUCAAGUGUGUUUUUUGGUCGCAAAAUCGCACAUCUGUAAUUGCGACAGUCCUCGCGUCGAAUCGUCUGAUACGAGAGAAUUGGAAUAUGAGAUAUUCGGCAUUUUUCCUGUUGUGUCCCAUCCCGUCGAACUCAGGACUACCUAAAGACUACGUACCCUAUGCUAUUUCGCUGCAAAACAUCCGGGAUCCUGUGAACUCCUUUCCGUCCAAUAUCGUCCUCGUUCAUGACAAUGAGCAUCUCCAGCAACAAGCCCCGGACGAGCGCAAGGGCCGCAUGGCAGUCUGCGUAAAGCCCAUCCAUUAUAAUUAUGAUCAGUUAUCGAAGUUCGCCGAGUUCGUCGAGUUGCACCGCAUUCUCGGUUAUCAACAUUUCUUUUUCUACAAUCACACGAUGGGCCCUCAAGUGACGAAAUUGGUCGAGCACUACAUCGAGAACGGAGUGGCUACCGUGCUUCCUUGGCAACUGGAUCUGAUCUCUCAGAAAGAGAUCCGAACGGAAGGUCUCUUCGCAGCGCUGAACGAUUGUCUAUACAGAUCCAUGUACAGAUUCCAGUAUACAGCUAUGGUGGAUUUCGAUGAAGUUAUUGUGCCUAAAUUCAGACCGAACGCGACUGUUUUGGAAUUAUUGCAACAGUUGAGCGCAACGAAUCCCACCCAUGACGGUGCAUUCUCCUUCCAAAACGCGUUCUUCUACCUUCAGUAUCCGGAUGGGGAGGUACCGUUCGCGGACCCAGCCGGAGAACUGCAAUAUUUGCGCAAAACCCGCCGGAAGGGUAAAUUGCACAACCAUCGACUCCGCUCGAAGUACAUCGUCGUUCCCGAACGAGUUCAAGAAGUCGGGAACCAUUUCGUGUGGGAAUUUAUGCCCGACUAUCACAUGUUCAACGUCAACCCGACCGCAGGCUUCCUCCAUCAUUAUCGAGUUUGUGAGUUCGGAGGAGAUGGGUGCACCGUCAAUUCUUCAUCAGUGGUGGACAAAUCUUUACAUUCCUACGCGGAACGACUGAUCCGAGCCUACUCUGAAGCCAUGGCUGUGGUUCAUCCGGCCAACUACACCAAGUAUCUACAAUAGCUCGAUCGACUACGUUUAGAUAUUGUUGGAAAGUGGACAAUUGACAUGAUUGCUAUGUGAAGACCCAAACGAUCGUAUCAGAGAGUUCAGCGAAAAGGUAUCGGAUCAUGACACGACUACCAGUGUAAGAGUCUGCAACCGUCAGUUCCUCGGGGAAACGAAUGAUCGAUCGAUCGAUCCUUCAAAGGUGGAGACGGGGCAGGGGUAUUUUCUUCUGUCAGAAGAGAGCAGAAACGGUGUAUGAUAAAGAAAUGGUUGUACAAU